AUGAUCAAGUUGGAAAAAAUUCAAAAUGUUGCCAGUACCUUUGCCGUAGCGAAGAAACUGUAUGUCGCUUAUGGGAAGAAGAGAGAAGGGGAAUCCAAUGAGACUGUUGUUAAGAAAAAGCCUCAAAGUCUAGUCAACCUUUGCAUUGGAGUUCUUGGAAGACCUUUGGAAGACAUUAUUGAAGAUUUGGAAGAGAUUGCUAUCGGCUUGCCGGGUGAUAUUAAGUUAGCAGUGGCAGCUAUUGCUAGACGAAGAAAGUUGCUGAGUGAUGAUCUGAAAGAUGUAGAAAAGGCUACUUCUAAUUUUACAACGAUCAUUGGCCUUGGAGCAUUUGGUUCUGUUUACAAAGCACAGAUGCCUACAGGUGAGACGGUUGCAGUUAAAGUUCUUGGUGCUAAUUCAAGACAAGGAGAACAAGAAUUUUUAACUGAGGUUCUAUUACUUGGAAGAUUACAUCACAAAAACCUUGUGGCUUUGGUGGGAUAUGCUGCGGAAAGAGGACGACAUAUGCUCCUUUACAUUUACAUGAGCAAUGGCAGUCUUGCUUCUCAUUUAUAUGGAAAAGGUUAUGAGCCAUUAAGCUGGGAUUUGAGACUUAGCAUAGCACUAGAUGUUGCAAGGGUGCUGGAAUAUCUACAUUAUGGGGCUGAUCCACCUAUUGUGCACCGUGACAUCAAGCCUUCCAACAUUCUAUUGGAUGAGUUUAUGAAAGCCAAGGUCACUGACUUUGGGCUUUCCAGACCAGAGAUGAUUAAGCCGCGUGCGUCCAAUAUCAGAGGAACUUUUGGAUAUCUUGAUCCUGAGUAUAUAUCUACAAGUACCUUCACUAAGAAAAGCGAUGUAUAUAGUUUUGGUGUGCUACUUUUCGAGCUUAUUACUGGAAGAAAUCCACAGCAGGGGCUAAUAGAAUACGUAAAACUAGCUGCCAUGGAAAGUGAGGGCAAGAUUGGAUGGGAAGAAAUUGUGGAUCCGCAACUGAAUGAAAACUAUGAUGUAAACAAGCUUAAUGAUAUGGCUUCACUUGCAUUCAAAUGUGUCAGUGGAGUUUCCAAAACUAGACCUUCAAUGAGGACUGUUGUUCAAGCAUUAUCUAAGCUUUAUAAGAAGCCUAAAAGAAAUCAUAGCCAGACAUCUUCUACUGCACGGCCGAUAAUCAUAGGAGUUUGUCGGUGUUCUUGA